GUCAAACCACACACAGUCUCCUCCAUCGUUCAAAAGUCGCCGUCGUAUCCUCUGCUCGGAGCAGCCUCCUCCAAAAGCCUUUCUUCUUCGCCGACUGAAGCUGUAGCACCAAACCCUAGGAAAGAGGUGUGGUGGUGGUAUUACGAUCUAUUCAAAAUGUCAGGCACAUCGCUUGCCGGAUUACAGGAUCAUCUGAAAUUAGCGAGGGAAUAUGCACUCGAAGGUCUCUAUGAUACUUCCGUCAUCUUCUUCGAUGGUGCCAUCGCACAGAUCAAUAAGCACUUAAACUCCCUUGAUGAUCCUAUGGUUCGUGCCAAGUGGACAAACGUAAAGAAAAAUCUAUUAGAGGAGACUGAGGUUGUAAAACAAUUGGAUGCCGAGAAGAGAUCAUUGAAGGAGACUAUAAUGGGUAGGAGAUCUUCUUCACCUCCAAUUUCUGCAAAAAAAUCAUCAUUUGUUUUUCAGCCAUUAGAUGAGUACCCAACUUCUUCUAAUGCUCCUUCCAUGGAUGAUCCUGAUGUAUGGAGACCUCCAAAUCGAGACACUUCAAACAGAAGAUCUGCAAGAGCUGGUCCAGGAGGUACAAGAAAGGCAAAUCAAGAUGGUGUUUGGGCUCGGAGUUCUGCUACAAGAGGUGGAGCAACUGCUCGUGGAGGCAAAACUGGUGCUUCCAGUAAAGUUAACUCAGGACUACGAUCUUCAACUACUGGGAAAAAAGGAACUGCUUCAGGAAAAUCAAACACUGGGAAAGAUGAUGCUGUUAACAGUGAGAGUGAAGAGGGAAAGUCAAAACGCGGGCAGUAUGAAGGGCCUGAUGCUGACCUGGCAGCCCAACUGGAACGCGAUGUCUUAGAUGCAGCCCCUGGAGUGAGAUUUGAUGAUGUGGCAGGACUGACCGAAGCCAAAAGACUUCUAGAAGAAGCUGUGGUUCUCCCCUUAUUGAUGCCUGAUUAUUUCCAGGGAAUCAGGAGACCAUGGAAGGGUGUUCUUAUGUUUGGUCCACCUGGCACUGGAAAAACACUGCUGGCUAAAGCAGUUGCUACCGAAUGUGGGACCACUUUUUUUAAUGUUUCUUCCGCCACCCUGGCAUCAAAAUGGCGUGGAGAGAGUGAACGAAUGGUUAGAUGUUUGUUUGAUCUCGCAAGAUCAUAUGCACCAAGUACAAUUUUCAUUGAUGAGAUUGACUCUCUUUGUACUUCUCGUGGGGCCUCAGGGGAACAUGAGUCUUCUAGAAGGGUUAAAUCUGAAGUUUUGGUUCAAGUAGAUGGUGUGAGCAACACAGGCACUAAUGAAGAUGGGAGUCGCAAAAUUGUCAUGGUUUUAGCUGCUACAAAUUUCCCAUGGGAUAUUGAUGAAGCAUUAAGGAGACGUUUGGAAAAGCGAAUAUAUAUUCCUCUACCUAAUUUCGAGAGUAGAAAAGAGCUUAUAAAGAUCAAUUUAAGAACUGUUGAGGUGUCAGCUGACGUGGACAUUGAUGACGUGGCGCGUAGGACGGAAGGGUACAGUGGUGAUGACUUGACGAAUGUAUGUCGGGAUGCGUCGUUGAAUGGGAUGAGGCGUAAAAUAGCAGGGAAAACACGUGAAGAAAUAAAGAACAUGUCUAAAGAUGAGAUUUCAAAUGAUCCAAUUGCCAUGUGUGAUUUUGAAGAAGCGAUUACAAAGGUUCAGCCAAGUGUUUCUGCUGCUGAUAUUGAACGCCAUGAGAAAUGGUUUGCUGAAUUUGGAUCUGCUUGAUUUUCUUGUGUCCAAAUUUAAUUCAUUCUUAUCGAUACGUUUCUUUUGUGUAUCUUUAAAACUGUAACCUUGCACUAUUAAUUUAUUUAUUUCAUGUUUAAUUUCAUGAGAA